AUGUCACUACAGUGCAGAUGUAGAAAUGAUCAGAAGCUCGGGGCGAUCGUUGGGGCGCGCAGGGAGUGCGGGCCGGGUGGUGCAGCGGGGGUGCGCGCGCAGCGGGAGAGGGGGGGGGAGGGUGCGCCGCGCCAGUGCCCCGGGCUCGCCGCGCCGCGUGGACGUGUUGCGGAGCGCGGCGCCGUCCCGCGCGAAUGUCGCGCGCCCUGUGAAGUGAAACGCGAGCAUGCAACGUCCCCGCAGUGA